ACCUGGAGGGACAAAGCAUCAUCUUCUCUUUGGACUGCACUGUAAAAUCCUACAGCUCUCUCAGCCUAGCCAUGCUCUGAUACAUUUUUUCUCUCCUUUUUCUGAUUUUGGUGUGAAUGAUAAAGUGAUCUGAUGAUGGCUCUCGUUAUGGAACCUAUUAGCAAGUGGACGCCCAAGCAAGUAGUGGAUUGGAUGAAAGGCCUUGACGAUUGCCUCCAACAAUACAUAAAGAAUUUUGAAAGAGAAAAGAUCAAUGGCGAACAGCUGCUACACAUCACUCAUCAGGAGCUUGAGGAAUUGGGAGUCACUCGCAUCGGCCACCAGGAACUGAUACUGGAAGCAGUUGAUCUGCUAUGUGCAUUGAAUUAUGGUUUGGAGACUGAAAACCUGAGAACUCUGUCUCACAAGCUGAAUGCCUCAGCCAAAAAUCUUCAGAACUUUAUAACGGGUAGAAGGAGGAGUGGCCAUUACGAUGGCAGGGCCUCCAGACGACUGCCAAAUGAUUUUCUUACCUCUGUAGUUGACCUGAUUGGUGCUGCCAAGAACUUACUAGCCUGGCUGGACAGGUCUCCAUUUGUCAGCGUGACAGAAUACUCACUGCUGAAAAACAACAUUGUUCAACUGUGCCUGGAACUAACAACCAUUGUGCAACAGGAUUGUACAGUGUAUGAAACAGAAAAUAAAAUUCUUCAUGUGUGUAAAACCUUGUCUGGGAUUUGUGACCACAUCAUUUCGCUCUCAUCCGAUUCUCUGGUGUCACAGUCAGCACAUCUUGAGGUAGUUCAUCUCACCAGCAUUAUGCCCAGUGAGGGUUUGGGAAUGUAUAUCAAAUCAACAUAUGAUGGACUACAUGUAAUCACAGGAACAACAGAAAAUUCUCCUGCUGACCAGUGUAAGAAAAUCCACGCUGGUGAUGAAGUGAUCCAGGUCAACCAUCAAACUGUGGUUGGCUGGCAGUUAAAGAACUUAGUAAAUGCAUUGCGGGAAGACCCAAAUGGAGUGAUAUUAACCUUGAAAAAACGUCCUCAGAACACCCUGGUUUCUGCUCCUGCCCUUCUGAAGAACGUGAGGUGGAAGCCUCUUGCACUUCAGCCUGUAAUUCCAACCAGUCCAACAAGCAGCUCUACAACACCAACAAGUACAAUGGGCAUAUCCUCAAAAAUGGACAGCUCUGCACUUCAAGAUGUUUUCAUCCUGUCUCCAAUGUCAGGACUUUAUGGCCCCAGGGAUGAAAUUGGAAUAAUGUCUUGUGAUGACAUCAGCAAAUAUGGAAAGUCUGGAAUGAAAGGCUCUGAGUCUCCAAGCUAUUUUCUGGAGCAUGAAAGUGGGAAAUACUACACCUUAAUUGAAGGUGAAGGCCACCCUGUGGGCUCCGAAUAUGACAGAAGCAGAGCUACAGGAGUGCGAAGAAGAGAAAAAACACCCACUCAUGGAGACCUGAGGCCUGUUUCUAUGCCUACUGAGUACAGUUGGAUAGGGGAGUCAAAAGAACAAAACAUGUACAAGAGGGGAAGCAGAGACUCUGAGAAUUCACUCCUGCGGUAUCUGAGUGAUGACAAGAUACUGGUUAUCCAAGAAGAGCCGUUGACACAAAAAGACAACAAAAGGGACACAGGUCGUAGGUCAAGAAAAAAGGGUAAAAACUCAAGCAGUCCAAACUACCCUAUCAAUCCAUCUGUAUUGACAUCUACUAUUAAUGUUAGGCUUGAACCUGGACAACAGGAUGUCCUGAAUUUCUCGCUAGCAGAAAACAAUACAGUUCCACUUUAUCACAGAGCAGGGGAUACAGUCAGUGGAGAUACUGAAAGAUAUGCAAGUUCUGCCAUUGAUCGUCAAGGAAGCACAUCCAUGAGGAAGUCAUUCCAUUACGCUUCCCUCAGGGUAAAAAGCAGAAAAUGGUCAAAAGGGAGCUCUCUAACAAGUGGGAGCAGAAGACGGAUUUCCUGCAAAGACUUGGGGCACGGAGAUUGUGAAGGUUGGCUAUGGAAGAAAAAGGAUGCCAAAGGUUAUUUCACCCAGAAAUGGAAAAAAUACUGGUUUAUUCUGAAGGAUUCGUCCUUGUACUGGUAUACAAACCAGAAUGAUGAAAAAGCAGAAGGAUUCAUUAGUUUACCUGAGUUCAGGAUAGACAGAGCAAUUGAAUGCAGACGAAAACACGCCUUCAAAGCGUGCCACCCCAAAAUAAAGAGCUUCUACUUUGCAACAGACUGCCUUGAAGAAAUGAAUAGGUGGAUGAAUCGUUUGGGUCUCGCAGCAAUUGGCUACACACCUGAUGACAAGGAUAUUCAUCCAGAUGAAGAUUACUGGAGUGAAAGCGACCAGGAUGACAUCGAUGGCUCUUUAACCCUGAAGCAGGAAGGCUCUUCAACACUGUGUGACACCUAUCAUCGAACCCCCUCGGUGAAUUCCUCGAGUCCAUUCCCUGAAGUCAAACAGGGCCGACACUUUUCAAGUGAAUCAACAUAUUCUCAUUCUUCCGCCGAGGACUCUCGCCAAGAUGCAGCUGGAAGCACACACUCGUCAGGAUGCAGACCUCCCUACCGAGAAAGGCGAUCCUGGCAGGAUCUGAUAGAGACUCCCUUAACCAGUUCAGGGCUCCAUUUCCUUCAGACUGUUCCUCCUGAUGCAGAGUACAUGAGUGGCCGUCCUGGAAUGUCACCGGACAAACGAAGACAAGCAACGCUACCAGUACAAAGACGCCACAAUUACGAGCAGGAUGGGCCUUUCCCCCUGGUGGAAUGUCCAAGGGGGCACGGUGCCCACGGGAGGCCACAGAAACAGCGCAGUCAAAGCCUUCCCCGAAACAGAGACGUCAGGGGUAAGGAACGCGUAAAGUCCAUAGAAGGAACAGACGACAAGCUAGAAGAGAAAGUUCCUAUUAGAAGGCACAAUAGUUUCUGCGCAGAAGAAAACACAAAAGAAGCUGGAGACAAUACAGAUGGUCUGCAAGAGCUAUACAAAUCCCUGGAGCAAGCCAGUCUGUCAGCUUUUGGAGAGCAGCGUCCUUCCACCAAGCAAGAGUUCCGCAAGUCUUUUGUAAAGCGAUGCAAUGAUCCAGUUAUCAAUGAAAAGCUUCACCACAUCAGAGUUCUCAAGAGCACUUUAAAAGCGAAGGAAAGUGACCUCGCAGUUAUCGACAGCCUUCUGGAUGAUCCCAACUUAACAUCCAAGAAGUUUAAAGAUUGGAAACUAAAGAACUAUGAGUUUUUCCUGGACAUUUGUGAGUACAGUGCUGCUGUGAAAUCUCAAAACGGAGCCUCUGAACUUGCAGUCCCAGCACCAAUGCUGACACACACACACUCAUUCAUUGAAACUCAUGUGUGACAGGACUUGUAUCCUGUCAGCGCUGGGUGCCGUGAAAAAUCAAAUAAGACAAACACUGUAAUAUUUAUUGCUAAUGUACUCAGCAGUACUGUAAAUAAGUCGGAUAAGAGAAUAGCGCCACACGAUGCCUACUACAUUGCAUGAUAAGACAAUAAUAUUCUUUAUGAUUUAUUUUGUUUGCAAUUAUCAACCGAUGUCCGUAUCAAGCUCUGCAUUAGAAAGAAGCAGUGCAGAAGUGUAACUGAAAAUAAAUACCAGUAUAUUUAAAGUACUGUACUAAAAUUAAGCUUAUAGUAUGAGCUCCUACAAUCAUUUUAUAUAUUUAGGUAUAUAUAAAGACAUAUCUAUAUAUAUAAAAUGUAACACAGCAGUUGACAUUUACUUUUAAAAUGCCCUAAAGUUCGCACUUUCACAUGUUUUUUUUCAUGAGGAAAAUACAAAAUGACAACAUAAAGACAUUGGCCACUCUUAGAGAUGAAGGUUUAUUUUUGCAACAUUUCCAGAUAGUGACCAUCUUUGCAAAUAAAAGGACAGAGUUAUCAAAAUGUAAACUCAAUCCCUGUAGUGUGCCUUAAAAUGUACACUGUACAUCUAGCAAAUCGCUCCCAGUCUGGCCCUAUGGGCGUUCUGUACAUGCCAUUUCGAUACUGUGUUUGUAACACACUGUGCCUGCCUUCACGACGAGCGAAUAUGAGCAUGCAGGUAUGGCACAGAGGUUAAGAUAUGAGUAGAACAAUGUUGGUUGUUCACUAAUGCUGCAACUUAAACUGAUUUUAAUAUAAUUUUCAAGUAUUUCAUGGUGAAAGAAAAACAUCUGCGCUGAACAUGGUACACACGGCAGGUCUUCAUAGUUUCUUCACUGUGAAUUUAAGUGACACAUGACUGUGAGUCACAAAAUCCAAAACAGCUCUGAUGCUCCAAGGAUGAGAAUUCAGUUUUAAAAAAAUCCUGAACUAAACAAGUAAAUUUUGAAUGGCAUCAGGAGCUAAGCAAAUUAUUCAAAAUUAUAUAAUGUCUGGCAAUAAUUUUUAACUGUUGGUGUACAUUAGCAAGUGGGUGAAGUUAUUCAGCACAUCAUUUGAAAACCAAUCUGUAUUGAUUGGGUUGGGAAGACACACAAGUCACACAGUGUAUUUUACUUCCUUGCCUGGAUGAGAAUGAUUUCUAAUCAGAUUUUGGACAAAAUACUUGUAUUCUUGGGGGAGGAAAAAAAAAAAAGGAUUGCUCUGAAUGCUACUGAACAUAAAUUUCAUGCACCCAUUCACAAUUUUCUUUGUCUAUGCUUGCUAGAAUAUUUCUAGGGAGCAGACCAAAGGGGGUGUGAAUACAGCUGAUGACAUUUCACUUUGACAAUCAAUUAUCAUUUUUUCCCAAGAUAAACCUAGUUGUGUCUUCUACACCAAGAACUGUAAAAUUCAUACAGUUCAAUAUCGUGCAGGGAAAAAAAUGAUAUCUUAAUGAAGCCCUAGUACCCAGGGAAAAAGUUAAUUACUCCCAAAGCCAGAACUGGGGAAAGGUAUCCCAUUUGUUUAGCUCGGUCUUCACAAAGCAGCUGCAGUGGUUUGAUCUUGGCUGGCUGUCGGAUGCCCACCAAGAUGCACUCACUCCCCCUCCUCAACAGGAUAGGGGGAGAAAAUAUGAUGGGAAAGCUGGUGGGCUGAGAUAAAGAUAAGGAGAUCACCUACCACUGACCAUCACUGGCAAAACAGACUUGAGGAAAAUUAAAUUUAUUGCAAAUGAAAACUACAGUUGCGUAGUGAGAAACAAAGACAAAUCUAAAAACACCUUUCCUGCCCUUCCCCCCUACUUCCCAGGCUCAAUUUCAUUUCUUUUUUCCCAGCUUUUCUACCUCCUUCUCCCCUCAGUGGCACAGGGAGAUAUGGAAUGGGGAUUGCAGUCAGAUCAUAGCACUUCAUCUCUGCUGCUCUUUCCUCACGUUGCUUCUGCAUGGGGUCCCUCGCAUGGGCUGCAGUCCUUCGGGAAGAGUGCAGGUCCCCCCCAGGCUGCAGUUUCUGCUAGAAAACCUUCUGCAGGGGCCCCUCUCCCUGGGCUGCAGGUUCUGCCCGGAGCCUGCUCCUGUGUGGGCUCUCCAUGGGCUGUAGUUUCCUUCAGAAAUCCCCACCUGCUGAAGAGUGGUGUCCUCCAGGGGCUGCGCUAUGGAUAUCUGCUCAGGUGUGGUCCUUCAUGGGCCACAGAAGGACAACCUGCUUUGCCAUGGUCUUAUCCGCAGGGGAAUCUCUGAUCCGGCACCAGGAGCACCUUCUCCCCUUCUUUCUUUCCUGGCGUUGAUGUAUACAAAGUUGUCUCUCGUACAUUUUUCUCACUCCCCUCUCACAGGUGCUCUGCAGCAUUUUUAGCCUUUCUCAAAUAAGUUAUCGCAGAGGAGCCAUCCGCCUCCCUGGUGGGCUCAGCUUUGGCCGGCGAGGGGUCUGCUUUGGGGGCAGCUGACACCGGCUGUGUCCAACACGGAGCAGCCCCUGGUCUGUUCUCAGAGAAACCAUCCCUGCAGCCCCUCUCCUACCAAAACCUUCCCAUGUAAACCCAACGCAGCAGCCAAAGAAACACAACUCAGAUGAUGGGGUUACUCUCAUUUGCACUGGCAUUUAUUCGAACCAGAAUAGAUGCAGUGAUUAAACAAACAAUAGCCUAUGAUAAUGCAAGAUGUUAUCAGUAAGGAAGUAUUACUGAACUGGUUGAACUCUUUGCAUCGCACAAGAAACUGAGUCACAGCAUCACUGCAAUAACUGCAUGACAUUUGGAUAGAACAUACUCCAUGAAGGCACGUUUGGCCUUCAGUAAUCAACUCUCUUACUAAGAAUCACUGAAGGCAACGCUUCUUAAAUGCACAGAUAGGAGCUUAAACUUAUUUCCAUGGAAGGAAACAGCAAAACUCCAGCGACUUCAGAAGCAGCAGGAUCAUGUUGUGUAUGUUUUGCUUGACUAUUAAACACACGCUUCACCCUCUGAGGUAAUACAAAAGACAAAGGAAACAGAGAACAAUUCCCCACUGCAGGUUUCACCGAUAUGGGAAUUGCAGUAUUCCUGCGCAAUGUAGAUCCAAAUUGAAAUGUGUUUACUAUGUGAAUGUUGUACUUACUGGACAAUGGAACCGCAGAAGCCUAAAGAAAGAGAAUUUGUCUAGCUUUCAUAUCAGGUCUCUGGAAGUUAUACAUUUCCCUAUUUUAUAAUACUAUCCUUCAACACGCCUUUUUGUUUCAAACUCAAAAGAUCGUUUGCGAUUUCAUAACUAAAAGACCUAUAGCUCCCAAAAUGGAUUUCAAAUGCUGCUGUGUUGUAACUCAAGAGAGAAAUGACAACUGUUCACUGAGCAUCUUCAGUGAAGUCCCUAGAAAACAACAAAACAAUCUAUUGCUCUUUGAAAAUGCUACUUAUAAGUACAGCUAAAAAUUAUAAACAACGUUAGGAAGAUGUAGUUCUCAAAUAUGACAAAAAUAGUAAGAAAAUCAUACAGUCUCAAUUUCUAGCUCUAAAAGCUAAAAAAAAUUUUCAGAAAUAUGAGCAGAUGAGAUAAAAAGUUGAGUGAUCAUAAUUUUGCUCAGCUUAUCUUUGAACUCUUCCAGUGCCAUUGAGUUCAUCUGUCCUGAAACUCUGGGAGCCAUGAGCCUGUGUUCUGCUCUUGGAGAGCAGUUCUCAUCAAAGAUGAUUCUCACUGAAUAGUGAAGAUAAAUUAUCCAAGAGAUUCAUAAAGUGACCUGAGAUACACUGGAGAAAUCUCUUGUAACAGGGCUAAGAUUAACUGAGAGAGAGGUUUGAAAGAUUUGUCUAACAUUGCUUAUGCCUCAGAGCAAGCAAAAUCAAAUUGUUAGAUUAAGCAAUACAAAGACUUUAUUCUCUCACAAAUGUCAACUGGCAUUUGAAAGUCAUAUCACAAGAGCUUUGUCCUACUUCUUGCAUGUGUACUCGACCCCAUACUGCAGUCCUUCCCUCCCCACCACCAGCUUCUUUCUGGAUCUGGGCUCUAAUCCUGCUGCAGUACAGAAAGCAAUGUACAAAGGCACCGUAGUGCAAUUAUUUCAAAUUCCACAAUCUUUGAAAUAAUUGGAAUGCAAAGUGCAAUACUAAUAGUGCACUUAAAAAUCUAUGCACCAAAUCCUGAUACCUACUAAAAUAUAUGAAAUUCUCCUAGACCCAAAGGUACCCAAACACACUGUACAACGCAAACAAAAUUAUUCUGACAGUUUUGAUCAGGCACUUUUAAAUGAGAAAAAAAACCCUUUGCUGUUGAGUUCAUCAAGGGAAAUCCCCAGCACCAGCACCACCCGUCUGUUAACUGACUGGACUGCCCGCCUCAAUGCUUAGAUUAAACUUGGUUCUUAAACACAAUGACAUGAAGAGAUUCCUGGAUGUGUUUUAUUUAUCCUGACCUUAUCAAAGUUAGUGUCUUCCUUUAGAAUUCCUGCAGCCAAACCUCCCUCAGGCCACAGACAUACUCUGUGGCUUGACAAGCUUCAUCUUUCUGUUACUGGCUAUUCUUUAUGAUAACUGAUUUAAUGCUCCCCCUAAGCUGCUGAUUCCCCUCCUUUUAUAAUACCCUUCUGUAUCCACUGAAAUCUUGGGUCUUUGAAGGCUCUCCUAGUCUCAGCAGCGCUUCCUGAGAAAACAGAGACCUUUUUCUCAGCUUCAUUAAGUAAAGUCUUUCCUGAGCUUACUCUAAUUAAUAGGAACAAGUAUCAGAGGAGGAGGAGCUGCUCAUCAGCCCCGAUGCCCACAUGCUUUCAUACAAACCAUUCCGAAGCACUGGGCCCACACGCUGUGACAGCACAGGUAGGAUCACAUUUGCUCUCACAGCAAUCAGCCUCAGUAGGAUUGUGCAGAGCAUCUCCACCCUCCGUAACAUAGGCGAUUGCUUCACUCCAUUGGCAAAAACCACUUUGCCUUUUCAACAGCUGCAGAUACAGCUCUGCUUUCUCCAAUGCAUCGUGAACUUCUUGAACUGCUUUAGCAACAUAAGGAACUACUAAAAUAUUUUGGAGGAUGAGGUUUUCCACCUUUUCCAAGCAGGGAAUUCUGAAUAUAAGUCAGUUAAUAUUCAGAUCUGGACUGCUGUCUCUCUGAGUCAAGGUUUUUGUGAAGGACAGUAAAGGUACCUUUGGAGGGGUUACUUUACAGAGGAGAUGGGAAGCGCUCAGCCUCAUCAACAUUUGUAGAAUUCUACUCCUGACCUUUAGAAGAUUUCACUUUGAAUGUUAAUGGGACUUCUGGAAGAAAAAUGAAGAAUCUGGUAGAAAUUGUUUAACUUAACACAAAUUGGAGGAGAACAAAGAAAGUUCUUGUAUCUCUUACACAAAUCAUAUCACAUACUUUAUUCACCAGUCUUCCAUCAUGCAGUCUUACUCAUCUUCCAAAGUAAUGAAAGCAAUUUUUUCUGCAAAAAACUAGUGGUACUUGUGACCAGGGCGAUGCACCCGGGGGUUCUCUGCAUCCUGGCACACCUCUGCUCUUGGCCCCUUAGGGCAGGACAGCUCUGCCAGGCAGAGCCAUGUGUUGGUAUUUCACCAACAAUCUGGACAAACCUUUUGUGUAACUGGGUCCAAAGAGCUUCCAAGGUGGGUUGUUCAAAACAGCCCUCAGCCUUGAGAACACUGGGCUAAGGCAAGAGGCAUCUCAGCUGAUCAGCAUCCCCCAUCUGCAAUGCCUGUCAGCUGCCCCCAAAACUGCAAUACAAAGGAUGCCUUUGAUUUACAGCUUAAACACUACAUCUGCUGGCAUAAGCACAUCUCCUAUCUUUGUAGAGAUCCUGACUACAGCCCUGGAGAGAUUCCUUCAGAAACAGAGCGCAGGUCUGUCUGUAUUGCUGGGCUUCAGCCCUGGAAAUACCGUUUAUACUGCACCCAAGCUCCUGUAGUGCAGGGUUAGAGAACGAAGUGAUAACGUGGGCUCACAAAGGAUUUUUUUUAUUUCUCCUUAGUUUUGACAUUAGGGAAAUGGAGCAUUUCUUGGGAAAAGAGCAGAGUGCAGUUUAUAGCAAUGCCUUCUUGCUCGGACUAUAGGUCUGUAGGCUGUCCGCAUACCACAUGCCUUAGACCACGGAGCUUCAAAUCUCCUUAGCAAAAUAACACCAUCCUCCCUCUUGUCAAAUGAUGUUUAUUUACCACUAGUACAAAAAGAAAACAGGUAAUAGCAGGAAAUACCGAAUAAGCAAUAUUAGCUAAUUAAUUUAUAUUAAAGAAUAAAAAGUGCUUUUCCUUCUAGAAUAUUUCCUUUGUUAAAGCUAAGGUUCAGAGUAGGUUUUUCUGGCAAGUUACUGCGGGGACAGGUUCCUGAUCUCCUCUUACCCCAGAGGAACUCACACUAUGUGGCUGAGGCUCUCGAUGGGUGUUAACUGCACAUGCAUCUGAAAAUCAAACCUGAGCCGUAUCAGUUGAUGAAUGGAAAAUCCGUUCUUAUUAAAACAAAAACUAGGAAGUUGUCUUUUCUUAGUUGAUUUCUAAAAUUACUUUCUUUACUCCCAUUCCAUACAAGCAUAAUGUACUUCUGAGCAGUUCCUUGCACUGCUGUGCAGGCAAGCGAUGCUCUGGUCUUGAUACAACCAACACAUGAGGAAGCGGGUUUGUAAAGCUUACUUUCUAUGUUUUACCGUUUUUAUCACCCUUCCACCUUCAGAAGGAGGAUUAGAAAUAAUAUGAGUCAAGCUUCUGUCAGUUUUUGAGUUAGCUGACCUACUCCUGGGACCUACUCUUAAAGACAGUAAUAGAAAGGUUCAGACAGGUAGUGCCUGUCAUGAUCUUCAGGAAAAGAACCAUGCUCAUCCUUAAUGCAGACCAGACAGACAUUUACAUUUACUAAGCAUAUGCAAGCAUUAAAGGUGACAAUUAGGGACUUUGCUGUAUGCAUUAAUGCCACCGCAUGGGUAGUAUUUGAAAGAAAGCAGUAUUGUAAAAACAGUAAAAUAGGUUGAUAAAUUGUGUUUGGCCAGGCAGGCCCUGCAGCUUCUGCCCUCACAUCUCCAGGAGAUUGUUCGCUAUCAGGCUCUGGUAAGGGUAUCAAUACAGAUCUUUUUACUAGCAGCAUAUGCAUCUGUCUGAAUGCUGCAGAUUAAAUAAGGAUGCCACAUUAUACACAUUAACUCUAUUGCAUUUUUUUUCACUAGCAACCACGAAAUAAAUUCGACUUAACAAACCUUGUUCACUGGCUCAAAAUACCAGUAAGACCCUGUUACCAGUUAAGACUUCUGCUUUACUGAGAAACAAGGAUUUGAGCUUAAAAAUCUGAAAAGAUGACGGGUUAGGACAUAAGAGAAAUGCACUAGUAUUAAUAAACUUUUUACAUUUGACACAUACUGUAUUACAAAGAAAAUAUCCUUGUAAGACCAUUAAUUGCUGGGCCAUAGGUGACUUCUGUCUAGUUUACCGAAGUAGCUAAUAAAACUUGUAUAGCGAGCCUUUUUUAGAUAACGCUUACAUGUAUGAAAACGUAUGACACCCUUGUACUAUGGCUUGCACUUUACUUGCAUUAAACUGUGAAGUAGGCUGUAGUAAUGUCUUUGUAUAUUCAGGGGUUGAAAUACCAAAGCACUAGAGUAUCGUACUGCUGGUGUUCAACCUGUACUGUUAAUUAAACCCAAACAUGCUGAUGAUGUGUAUCUGAAUACCCCACUAACUUCAAAUCCUUAGCAAAUAACUCUAUGGGGUCUCCAUGGUCUUUGUUUCUUUGUAAAUAUAAACAUUCUUACUGUUUCUGUAGCAAUAGGAGGUUAUAAACCAAACUUUCACUAGGACUGUUUUCAAUAACAAAGAAAUAAAUCUAUAGCGCCUUGUAUAAAAAUCAUGGAGACUCCAUGACCUGUGGGCAUUUUUGUUUACAUGCAGUAUGUAUAUAUGUAUUAGAGGCAGAACUGUUAUUAUCACAAAGUUAUGUUGUGGUUGGUUCUUUCUAAAAUAAAUAUAUGUUUUCUGUCACUAUGAAAAAAAAAAAUCAGUAUUUUAGAGCCAUCUUGAGAAGCCUGAAGUGUCAAAGCUUCAAGGACUAGUAAUCUUCCAUCUUUCAGCCUUGUUUUUCUGAUCAGCUGUGAGAUGAACUGCGCGGUAAUAAUAAACCACCUGUCCGUGCCAGGGAAAACACCUGAGUUCUAUCACCAUUUAGAAGCAUUCUGCAACUUUUCUAUAACCACCACCUCGCCAAAGCGAUUUUAUGAGCAGAUGCCCUACCGAUACCGUAGUAAAGACCCUCAGCUCACUGACGCUACAGAGAGAGAAAAUUAUCCGCUGUAGACCAAUACAGGUAAAACUAGUUUUCAACCCCUGGAUAAUACAGUAUUUCUUCAGUUUCACAACAGUAUUUUUAAUUUUAUACUCGUCAAUGUCGAGAGAUGAUACAAUAGUUUAUAUAGGCAGCAAACGUUAGGUUUCUUUUUUCCCCUCUUUUCAGAUGAGUUCUGUGUGAAUUACUGUACCCAGCUGCGUUUUUUCUAUCACAGAUUAACUUGGUAACUUUUUGUGUGUCUAUAAUGAAAAUUUAUGAAUGGAAAACUUCACUGUGUGUUGCUCACUGGGCAUAUACCUCAUGGUACAUUGCACAGACGUGUAAGUUGUAAGUUGCACUGCAACAUUAAAAAAGGAACAUAUUGCUCUUUUUUCAAAGAUAUUAACUUAUUUAAGAGAUAUAGUCUGUACAUUAUUAAAAAGAACAUUUAUUCUUCCUAAAUUCAAACAAAGUUUUUGUUUUGGGGGAAAAAAAAAAAAAAAGACUUGUAAACUUCUGUUGUAAAUUUGGACUUCAAUAAACCA